GGGAAAUGGAGCGAGCCUGAGAGCGGGCGAAGAAAAAGGAGGACCCCAAGUUGCGGCCCAUUAUCACUUCGGACCUCUCCUUGGAAGACUGUCGACCCUGUUCCCCUCCCGGUUUGGCGAGGCAGCCACAUGGCUGUCGCGGAACCAUGGACACGCCAAACGCGGCCCAUGAGCCCAGCCGGCAGAACUCUGUCAUCGCGGCCUCAGUCGUGAUGCUGAGUCUCAGUACCAUCACCGUGCUUCUCCGCUUCUACACCCGCAAAGUCUUGCUCAACAUCCUGGGCGCCGACGACUGCGUGAUUCUCGCCGCCCUGAUUCUGUCACUCGGCGUCAGUGUUGGAUAUAUCAGGCAGACGCACUUCGGCCUCGGUCGGCAUGUUUGGCUGGUCACUGACGAUGACCUCUCCAAAUACCGCUUGGAAGAGUGGUACACAUUUCUCCUCUACGCCACAGGCCUCUCGUGCACCAAGAUAUCCAUCUUGCUGCUGUACCGACGCUUCUUAGCCCUCGGCUGGGCACGCAUCUGCACCUUCGUCGUCUUGGCCACCGUCGUCGCCUGCAGCAUAUGGGUCAUCAUCACGUCCUUCAUCGACUGCAUUCCGCUCGCAGCCGUGUGGGACAAGACGAUCGACGGCAAAUGUAUCGAUAUGAAUGUCAAAGUGGGAAACUCUUAUGCCCACAUCAUCACCGACUUCAUCAUCUUCGCCCUGCCCAUCCCCUUCGUCAUCAGGCUUAAACUUUCCAUGCGGCAAAAGAUUGGCUUGAUGGUUGUCUUUUGUGUGGGAUUCGUGGCCUGCCUCAUCUCCGUCAUACGGAUCGUGGCAGUGAGCUCGAUGGAUUUCUCCGACAAGACAUACAACCUGGCCACUCUCAGCAUCUGGGGUUCUGUCGAGGUCAAUUUGGCCAUUAUCUGCGCGUGUCUGACCACCUUGAAGCCUCUCAUUGUUCGACUGUUUCCAAACUUACUCAAGUCGAGUUACAUGGGAACUCCCAGGACGCUUGGUUACAUUGAUCCGGCGUCGGGGACGGCAGCCAGCGUCCAUGGCCCUCGAGUCAAGCACGGAAGCGCCUCCUUUCAAGUUGCCAGAGUGGACGACGUCCGCGGCACUGACUCGGAGGGGUGCGAGAUGGAUGACUUAGAGAACCAGAUCCAACGAGGGGCCUACAUAGUGACGCCCUCCAAGGCCUAUGCACGGCUGCCCUGAUCUUUGAGGGUCAAAGUUGGUACAAGCUCAAGGAUGGUUAUGGCAGGGCCUGACCGCGUACCUUAUUCAAAUCCGUCUACAUCACAUCGUGGCCUCCACCUUGUUUCAAAGCAUUGGGCUUGCAUUUCUGCUUUCCGCACAAACAUUCAGGCGCCCAGAAAGAGGCCAGCUCCGAGAUGGCCAAGGCUUACUUACAUAAGCAAA